AAAAUAAACAUUUUCGGGAGAUGAAGCAUGAGACGAAGCCGACACCAACUUAAACAAACUAAGAUCUAUUAAUGCAUUAAAAUGUUCUAUGAACACAUUAUUUUGGCCAAGAAAGGCCCGUUGGCUAGAAUCUGGUUAGCAGCACAUUGGGACAAAAAGAUUACAAAAGCCCAUGUGUUUGAAACUAACAUUGAAAAAUCGGUUGAAGGCAUUUUGCAGCCUAAAGUAAAAUUGGCGCUAAGGACGUCUGGCCAUUUGCUGCUGGGAGUUGUGCGCAUUUAUUCAAGAAAAGCUAAAUAUUUAUUAGCUGAUUGCAAUGAAGCAUUUGUUAAGAUUAAGAUGGCUUUUCGACCAGGCAUGGUCGACCUACCAGAAGGUCACAGAGAAGCGAAUGUUAAUGCGAUAACACUGCCUGAAGUUUUUCAUGACUUUGAUACGGCGUUGCCCGAACUAAACGAUAUAGAUAUUGAAGCACAAUUUUCUAUUAACCAAUCCAGAGCAGACGAGAUAACAAUGAGAGAAGAUUACGGCAGCUUGUCGCUCUCCCUUCAGGAUGACGGCUUUGGUGAUAUUGGUUUUGAAGCAGAAACGCCAGAAAUUAUGCGAGGAUCCAUACCGUCAAAUAUCAAUGAAAAACUUUUUGAUAGUGACGUUUUGGAAAUCGAGACACUGGGUCCCCAAGCAACCGAGGACCAGUCAGAUAUAUCUGGGGCUCGCUUAGACGGUGAUGGAUUUGGAGAUUCCUUUGGCCAACCAGAACUUUUCGAAGAUGACCUUUUCGGUGAACCUUCUCAGCCAGUUGAGCAGAUAGCUAAGGAACCUACAGCAAUUAUAAUCGCAGAUGAUUUUGAUGAAGAUGAAAUUGACAAUUGUAAUAACGUUCCGUCGCCUGCCACAUCUUGCAUAAAUUCAGUUGUUGAUGAAAAAGGUGAAACUAUUUUGCACGAACAUUCCAAUGUGGGCGACAAUGUGCCCAUAAAUGAAUUAACUCUUGUCCAAAACGAGGAUGAUGGAUUCGCUUUAGCCCCAAUUGACGCAACCAUUUAUAAGGGAUUAACAAAGGCCAAACGCAAAAGAAAACUUAUUAUUGAUGAAAUAAAAAAUAUUUCUGGAGAGGAAAUGAAAGCACAAUUAGCCGAUACUUCUGAUAUAUUAACUACUCUCGAUCUGGCCCCCCCUACAAAAAGACUGAUGUAUUGGAAAGAAACCGGAGGUGUUGAAAAACUGUUUUCCUUACCAUCAAGAUCCAUACCAGCCACAUCCUUAUUUAAUAAUUAUAAUAGACAGUUGUUUUCACAUUCAACAUUCUUUGAGGACUUUUCAAGUGUGGCUCCAAUGGAAAUUCUUGCAUUGGAAUUUUAUACCCAUGAAAACGAGAAUUCGCUAAUUAUUUUUAAUAAAAAAGGUCGCAAACGAAAGAAUGAUCCUGUAACUAAUCCCUUUUUGGACCAUGUAUCAGAUUCACUUACUCAAAGCUUAGAGGUCCCUGAAGUUUUAAGAGAAGACCAAAAAUCUAUAGGGCUAUCUGCCGUGUCUUUAAACAUUGCAACAAAAGAGCAAGAAAGUAUUGGCUGUCAAAAUGCAUCAACUCUUUUCGAUCACAUGAGAAGUCCUGAUUUAUUGUCCUUGAAUGAUAUGGAACAUUUUUCAUCAAUUAAUGACCUGCCAUUAACACCAAGAAAUGCGAUUAAUGACAUGGGGGAUGAUUUUAACCAAGGAGACUCAACGCCGCCUGGAUUAGAUCACGGUCACACCACUCCGCAGCAUACGAAUAUUAGUGAGAUAGACAAUAUCCCAAAUAUACCUACAGAUCAAAUAAGCGCAAUAUUAAAUGAAUCUGAGAAACAACCUUUACUUAAUGAGAACGGCUUUUCCAAAAGGACAAAAGACUUUUCAAAAGAAUGGCACAACUAUGAAAUUCCAACCUUUGUUGUUCAGAAUCACAGUGACGAACAGAUGGAAAAUGAAACCGAUGAACAAUUUGAAGAACGUGUUUUAAAUAAAAGAGCUGCUCAACUUUUUAUCGACGUUAGAGCACAUUUCAACGUUAACGAUAAUUUAGAUCUUUCCCAACUUACAUCAGGAAACUCAAGAAAACAGGCGGCUCAAAAGUUUUACUCCUUGCUUGUCUUAAAGAAAUUUAAGGUGCUUCACAUUGCUCAAUCUGCCCCCUAUGCAGAUAUUUCUAUUACUCGAGGACCCACUUUCGAAAAUCCGAAAAUCUGAAUAAAACGACUUGUAAAACUAAGAUCCGUCUUGGCUCACAUAAAUUUUAAUUUACACAUUUUUUAAUUUAUUUUAAAUAUAAGUAAAAAUUCAAA